AUGGGAACUACUGAUUUUGAUGCGCUAUUCAAGGCAAACUUUAACAGUACAACACAAUAUUACUUAUUUGCUGGAAUAUUAUUUACAUUCGCUAUUAAUUUUACCUAUACUUCCUUAGCAUCUUUAUACUUUACUCCAUUAACAUAUGUAAUCUGCGUAAUAACUAUUAUUUAUGCUAGUCUUAACACUUUUCGUACCGUAGAUAUAAAAGAGUUAAUAGCUUAUUCAUCAGUUGCACAUGCAGCAGUAUAUAUACUAGAAGUUUUCAGUAACACAAUCCAAGGAAUCGAAGGAGCUAUAUUUCUAGGUCUAGGUCACGGAUUUGUGAGUUUAGGACUUUUCAUAUGUGUAGGAGCAGUACUUUACGAUCGUACUCAUUCUCGUUUAAUCACAUAUUAUAUAGGUGUAGCACAGCGCGCGCGGUUUUAA